AGCGUUACGCAAAAGAAGCACACAACUCCACUGUCUACAAGUUAACGAAGCUGGCACGAUAUUGGUUACUUUUUUUUAUCUGGCCUUCCAAGAAAGCCUUUAGAACCAACGACUCUCUACAAUCAAAGUCUUCUACUCUCACUACCCUUGCUUCCGAAGUCGCUGUAGAUACUGUACGCAUGGCAUUGCGAGGUUCCAAGUUCCGGGAUUCGAUCAGAAAACGGGACGGCGACAAGUGUACGGUCACUGGCAGAACAAACACGAAAGCAGGACCAUAUCCCCCAAUACUUAAGGUUGCGCCAAGCUGCUCCUCAUCCUCAGAAUAUUCGUUGCUUCACGAGUAUUCUGAAAGUAACCGCAUCGCAGGAACGGUUGACAUAAUUAAGCGUUACACCGAGCUUCCUGAGAGCAUCAUAGACGACCUAGCUGAUAUCAUGGACAGCCCAGAGAAUGGAAUGUUACUCGAGAGGUCGCUACACUCUGACUUCGACGACUACGAGUGGUGCCUGCACCCCACAGUAUUGGUUAAGCUUUUAUCGUGAAAUUUCAGAUACUCAUGCCCUUGACAGCGUGUAUUACAUAAAUAUACAGUGCACUGGCUCCGUCCUACGUUGGGGUAGAAAUAAAUUCA